CGCUGCCAUGGCGGCUGCGGCGGUGGCGCCUCCCGAGGUUCUCCGGGAAUGCGGCUGCAAGGGCAUCAGGACCUGUCUGAUCUGCGAGCGGCAGCGCGGAGGUGACCCGCCCUGGCAGCACCCCUCGCAGAAAACACACCGGUUCAUUUACUACCCUGACACCGGCUGGGCAGUGGGGGCUGAGGAGUCUGACUUUGAAGGCUGGGCCUUCCCUUUCCCGGGCGUGACCCUGAUCGAGGACUUCGUGACCCGCGAGGAAGAAGCCGAGAUGGUGCAGCUGAUGGACCGCGAUCCCUGGAAGCUCUCCCAGUCUGGGCGGAGGAAGCAGGACUAUGGCCCCAAAGUCAACUUCCGGAAACAGAAGCUAAAGAUGGCCGACUUCCGAGGCCUCCCCAGCUUCAGCCGGGAGGUGGUGCGGCGGAUGGGCCUCUACCCUAUCCUGGAGGACUUCCAGCCCGUGGAGCAGUGCAACCUGGACUACUGCCCGGAGCGGGGCUCGGCCAUCGACCCGCACCUGGACGACGCCUGGUUGUGGGGGGAGCGGCUGGUGAGCCUCAGCCUGCUGGCCCCCACCGUGCUGUCCAUGUCCCGGGAGGCGCCCGGCAGCCUGCUGCUCUGCCUGGCCCCAUCCGGCUUCCCGGAGGCCCUGGCGGACAGCGCGAUGGCUCCCAGCCGGUCUGUCCCGUGCCAGGAGGUGGAGGUGGCAGUCCCCUUGCCCCGCCGCUCCCUGGUGGUGCUCAGCGGAGGCGCGCGGCACCAGUGGAAGCAUGCCAUCCACCGGCGGCACGUCGGGGCCCGGCGCGUGGGCGUCACCUUCCGGGAGCUGUCGGCGGAGUUCGGCCCUGGAGGGAAGCAGCAGGAACUGGGGCAGGAACUCCUGCAAAUGGCGCUCUCCUUUCAGGGGAGACCCACCACGUGAGCUGCCGCCCGGGACAGGGAGCUGGCAGCUGGGCCUGGCAGAGGCGCUGGCUCCCCAGCAGACCGUUGGCCAGCAUCGAAGGUGGGGGCCAGCAUGAAGGUCUUUCUCAGGUCUUAAGAGGAGCCUGCUGGCCACACCCUGGCGCCUGGCAGCUUGAGCCCUGCCCGGGAUGGUUUCACUGUGGGGGGCCCAGGUCGGUCCCUUUGGGCCUGCGUGGUGGCCGCUGGUUUGGGUUGUUUGUCACAGUUGCGGGCAGUGGCCUAAUUUGAGCUUAAAAAUGGUUGGUGCCCCUUCAGGCGGUUUUCUCCUUUAUCCAUCUGUCUUAAUGAGGUUAGAGAGUAACCGAGGUUAGAGGUUAGGUAGCGUCACCAACUCAAUGGACAUGAAUUUGAGCAAACUGGGAGACAGCGAAGGACAGAGGAGCCUGGCGUGCUGCAGUCCAUGGAGACACAAAGAGUCGGACCCGACUGAGCCACUGAACAACAACUUAACAAGGCUGCAGAACCUCCCAGCCUGCAGGCCCCACAUUUAGUUACUAUUUUACUUAUUUACUUUUGGCCAUGCCACGCAGCUUGCAGGAUGUUAGUUCCCCAACCUGGGGUUGAAUCUAGGCCACCGCAGUGAAAGUGAUGAGUCCUAAACACUGGACCGCCCAGGAGUUCCCAGGCCCCUCGUUUAGGAACCACUUCGUGUUGGAUUGGAGAGUGGAUUGGUAGAGGAUGUGAGGUGGUUAUUGUUUCAGACAUCAGGACUGCUGACAGCUUCUGAGCCGGCUCUGCCCAGGUCAUGCUUGACCCCGUGGGGUGUGGUGAUGGGGCAGUCUGCUGGGAGCCUGGGCCCCCAACCCCUAGUGAUGUUAGAAAUUGUGGAGGAGUCUCCUCAGCUCAGGACAGCACAGGGUGGCUCCUACGUGGCGCCAGUGCUGUGAGGUGGUGACCUGGACGGGUGGCUGUCCCCUGUGACCAGGUGAGGAGCAGCCUGUGGAGACGGAAGGCAUGGCGGUGCAGGCUGGGGGGCCAGCCUGGUUGUCUGCUGCUUAUAUGUCAAUAUACCUGGCCCACCAGCCACAUGCUAGGAGCCAAACUUAGGGGACCAGCGCCCUAUCACAGCCUGGAGACAUUCACAGCACUGGUUUUCACGGUCACUCUGGAACUUUCUAAGAGCUGUCAGGAGUGCAGAGCCACUGGCCACCCUGCACUGUCUGUGUAGUGGCCCUGGCAGAGACCCAACAGAAGGACUGAGUGGGCCCAGCGGCCGGCCGUGGGGGGCAGUGGGCUCCCAGACACCUCUUCUGGUGGGGGACUGCUGUUUCUCAGGUACUGUUACCUCCCUGCUAGCCCUCACACCCUUCAGGGUGGCAUUUGGGCAAGGCGGCCAGAAUUCCAGCCCAUUUUGCCACAUCAGUUUCCAAGCAGCCACACUGACCUGGUGGUCUGCUCGCUGGGGGCUUGACAGGCUGGGCCUUGGGGCAUCCCGGCCCCUGGAUGGAGCCUGCAGGGUGCUCCACCAACAGAGGGCCCCAUUUGAGCUGAGGCCAGGCAGUGCCCUCUAGGCUCUUCCUGCAGACGGGUGCAGAACCCGCCCGACUGUGUCCCCAGCAGCCUGAGAGGGAUGGCAGGGGCUGGAAAGACAGCUCAGCAGAGUCUUAAUGGACCUAGUGAGGAAUCUCGAGCUUUGGUCUGUCCCUUCUCUUCCUUUGCCCUUCCGGAGGCAUCCAAGUCGGGACUGUGUCUGCAGGCUGGUUGAGCACAUGCGGGAAAUGGUCAGAAUGGGCUUGCUGGCCUAAAGCUCUGUGCUGAGCCCAGGCCUUUUCUGGCCGCCCCCCCCCCCACCCCAAAAAAAAGACUGCAGCCCAGUCAUCCUGUGCUGCAGAGACAGGCUGGCCCUCUGGGUUGAAGUGCCAGAACAUUAAGAACAAUAACAGGGACUUCCCUGGUGGGCCAGUGGUUAAUACUGUGUGCUUCCACUGCGGGGGACGGGUAUGAUAUCCCUAGUUGGGAGCCAAGAUCCCAUAUACUGCACAGUAUGCCAAAAAAAACUAAAAAAUGUUAUUAGUAAAGGACAGAAGUUUCCAAUAAGGGGGCCUCUUACCUCCCUCACCUGGGAGCCUGUUGGGACACUGGUGACCAGUGGUUGGAGGAGGGGCUUCUGAGCAUCCCCUCUCCCUAUGGCCUCCCACCAAGAGCAGAGAGCAAGUUAUAGCUUUAUUUAUUCAGUUCAAUCCAGGGCAACAGUUUUUUAAAAAAUCCAUGUAUAGGAUGGGGGCGGGGUGUACACAUGUGGUCUCCAUGACGUCAUGCAUAGUGCAUUUCUUAGCACAAAACAUAAGUUCUGUAGAUGAACCUCAAUCCACUCAGGCAUGUGUGGUUUUGUCCUGCACGCACCUUCCUAGAAGACACUGAAAUACAUUCUGCCCUGGCAGUUUUGUCCAAAAUAGAAACCAUGAGUUUGCUUCUGGUCAGGUACUAAAUGGAGACUGUGUUCCACUUUGGAAAUGGCCUCUGUGUAUAUCUGCGGGCAUUUGUUUUAUGAGCACCAGGAAGGCUCCUUUCAGAGAUAAAUAGGGCAAGCCCACACUGCUCCUCUCACCAUAGAGAGGCCACUAUACUCGGAACCCUCUUCACAAUCAGGCUAAACCUCCAGGAACCGAAUUUCUAGCCUGUAAAUAUGCUUCCCUCUCCUUCCCAGACUGCCCUGCUGCAGCUCCAAAUAGCUUACUCUCCAGCCCCAGAGGAUGCUCUGGGCUACUCUGAGAGUGACCCCCAUCACCAGUC